AGUAUCUGUCUGGUUGUUCUAUUUGUAACACUCAUCGCAACGUUGUACGGAUUGUUUUGUUUACGCUACCGCGAAACGCAGAGUUGCUGAUGAAUUGGUUUGGAUUUGGCUUCAACGGCUUUGGGCAAAUACGAACGAAUGGAAAAGUGACUGAUGGGGAAAGUGCCGGAGAUGCCAACGUGACAUAUCCAAUCUCUAUUGAUAUUGUUUGUCGGAAUUUGGAAGAGGAGCCUGUCCAAAUCUGUCAACAUAAUAGCAAUGUUGAUACGCAGAUCAGGACAAGUUGGAGUCGAAGAGCAGCUCUGCAUUCAAAUAGUGAUGGAAGGCUGUGUUUGGCAGGUUUUGGAGUAGGGGCCCCCAGUCAGAGAGGAUGUGGCGGCUGUGUAGAGGAAAGCCGAGGGUGCCAGGAUGCACAUAUCAGCGAGGGAUAUCUGGCCCUGUCUUUCGCAGACAGAGUAGAGUGCUGGAACUCUGAGCGAAAUGAGAAGAAACCAGGGUGGAGUAUGGUGAUUCCAGAUAAUACUGGGCCCUCACUAACAUUCCCAUUGGUUCCAGGAGGGUACAUAGCUUCCAACCCUCCCUUUUACCGCCCACUUUCCCCACAACUACAGGCUGUUAGCCUGGCACUAGGCACAGAGCACGCAGUCCUCCUCACUGCAUCUGGAGACAUCUACACCUGGGGCUCAGGCAGCCAUGGGCAGCUGGGACAUGGGGACCUGAGCCCGCAGGAGGAGCCCAGAGCAAUGGAGGCACUAAUGGGUAUGUCCAUGAGCACUGUGGCCGCUGGGGGUUGGCACUCUGUCUGCACCAGUGCUGGGGGAGACCUGUACGUGUGGGGCUGGAAUGAGAGUGGCCAGGUGGGACUGCCAUCACGAGCCCUAAGAGGAGAGCAGCAGAAGAGCCAGGACACAGGUGGUGCCAGCACAUGUAAAGAUGAAGAGAGCUACGAUGAGGUGUUCAUAUCAAUACAGGCCUUCCCAGCCCUGGUGGAUGUUACUCAGUCAUGUGAGGUCAGCAAGAUCAGCUGUGGGUCGCGUCACACUGCGGCAGUCACAAGUACAGGUGAUCUCUACACUUGGGGCUGGGGUGAAUACGGCCAGCUGGGACAGGGGACUGAGAACAGUUCAGACGAGCCAAGAAGGGUAGAGUUUUUCAAGGACCAGGGGCUGCGUGUGGUGGAUGUAGUGUGUGGACCAUGGAACACUUUUGUUUCUGCUAUCAAAGAGGACCCCUCUCUCCAUCCUGACACAUAUCCUACAUAGAAUGGAAAAACUGCCUGUAGGAGUUGAGCACUAAGGACAUUGCACAGAUUGAUUGACUAGCUGCUUGUUUCAGACAAAUAAAGUAAAGUCAGUGACUAAGACUUGAUUACUUAUAUUCUAGCUCUUUAUAGAUUUGAAAAAGUUUCCGUUAAGAGAGCACUGACAUGAUGUAGAAAUACACUUUCCCAAACCUUUCCCCCCCGGAAAAAUUAUUCUCUACUUUACGCACACUCUGUGCUACUCUGGCUAAUGGAGCUUGUUUAAUAAAGUUUGAUCAAAGCUGA